AAUACAUGAAGUCGUUCCUCAGCUGCAUUUCUUGGAUCGACUUAUUCGCCGACAUAAGGUAACGGAGCCACUUCAUGACGCGACGACGAUCUUGGAUAUCAAAGCGGUCAAGAAAAAGCGUUUUACGAUAUCUCUGUGAGAAGCUAGGCUUUCUUACCCUGCAUAUGUCUCAUGUCAGCGAUUAGUCUUUUAGCUAGGAACAGGUUAUAGUUACAGUCGUAGUUCAAGCUGGCUUUUUCCUCUUCCUGCUCCAUUGCGUGUGAAAAAUAUAUGACAACUAUACUCGGUACUAAAGGGGGGGGGGAGAACGCUGAUGUGCAGAGAGAGUAACAUUCAGCCGCUACCAGCGAUAAAAUCGCACCUACAUAAGGGACGGCUGCGAUUAUGUACAGACCGGAUAAAUCUCGAAGACUGGUCACCAGUAUUACGUAGCAUCGCGAAUGAUCGAAGUCUGUCCGAAAUAAUCGCUUACAGUCGCCACAGGCGUAAGAAAAUUAGAGAACGAAUAAACACCGAGGAAAAGGUGGAAAACUUCCGACGACGGCUUCGCAGCACAGAACCGGUUCUCUACACAAAUUUCAUCCUCCGUUGUUUUGUCGAUGCAAUUUCAACCUGCGCUGGGAAAUCGCUGGUGAUUACCUCGCUGACACUGGACGGCAUCCCUUUGCCCAUAAAAUAUUUGGGCCCUCUCUGCGAAGGCUUGAAAUGCGCUAAGAAUCUUACAGCCCUUCGACUACCCCGAUGCCGCAUCGGAGAUACUGGGUGCGACUUAGUCCUGAACGUACUGGUGGACUGUGUUAGUCUGUGCAUCCUAGACUUGUCGUCAUGCCGCCUGACCAUCCGUAGCUCAAUGUCGCUGUCGACAUUUUUAAAGAAGAGGAGAACAAUCCUGCUUCACAGCACGUGGAGUGAUGCGCAGGCUGUGCAGGGUUUUCACACCCUGGUGCUGAACCACAACCGUAAACUAGGCGACUGUGGCGUUCGACUGCUAGUUGACGAUCUAAAGGAAGAUUUUUGGAUGAAGACUUUCAACGUACGACAUUGCGGACUUACUUCGAGAGGAGGUGAAGCUGUCGUUAGACUCCUAGAGACGAACAGUGUACUAACGUCUAUCGAUCUCAAGGAAAACGAUAUUCCGGAAUCAAUUAUCCACAAUGUGUCAAAGAUUUUACGCAGAAGAAAGGAGAACGGUGAACGGGCAUCGAUGAGGAAGAGGCUGAUCACUGGGAAAGAGAGGAACUUUCAAGAGGGUAAAAACGAUCGAAAGAGACCGACGACGAGGAUGACGGAUUUUCUUUUGAACAAGAAAUCGCACUUCGUCCGUACCCUGAACAGUAAUCCUAAGAAGAAACAACGAUCCUGGACCCGGUUAUUCGUCAAGAGCUCGACGAGGCGGAUUCCUAGAUGGAAGGCCACGCAUCCGAGGUUUCGUAGACCGAAGAAUUCGGAGAACGAGAAUUUGGAUUUGAAGAAGCUAUCGGCGCGACUGUCUAGGACGAUUGGCAGCAACGCGGUUCUUCUUCGAGAGCUGAUAAACGACCGAGAACUUUUGGCGGAGAUGAAAACACGUCGACUAGAAGCGGAAAAAAAGUUUUCCGACCUUGAGCCGCAGCUUGAAGAUCUACGGAACAGUAUUUGCGAGCAGGAUAAGCUUCGUUACAGAAUUUCCCAAGAACGGAAGCUCUUCGACUAUCUGAAGAGGCUCUUUGCACGGUUAGAGGAAUUUCCUGAAUCAGUAGCGAUUGUUUCUAAUCCUGAAGAUAAAUCGACGGUAACUGAAGAGAUCCUCGGCGACAAUACUGCCUGGAAAAUCAUUUCCGAAGUCGACCUCUCACCCGAAGGAAAAAAUCCCCGAGCAAACUAUUCCUCGCAACGCAGUCGACCCCAUUGUCCAAGAAAAUUUCGAGGGUAAUAAGAAUUUAAAAGCGUGUAACUGGUCGUCAGAGUAUAUUCAUGUCUGGUA